UUAUGGGAAGAAGAUGUGCCAUUACUUCAAUAAACUGAACAAUAAUAAAAAUAUCUGCAACUUGGUGAUUAUGCACUUUGACACUGAGCCAAGGUCUUCAUUACUGCAGAUCAAGACAGUGCCCAAAGCAAGAAAGAAGGGAAAUGAGACAGGCCAGACACAAUUAUGCCCACCUGAAAAGAA